ACAUAUUUACGAAAGUUCUUAGACGUAGACGUAGACGUAAAUUCAGACGUCGCGUGGAUUUACGUCUAAAACCGUAUUUACAAAAAAUCGUAGACGUUAAAUUACGUCAUAAUUAAACGUAAAUCUACGUCUACUGUGCACCUACACGUAUCUUCGAAAAAAUGGCAGCACUCUUACUUUCAAUAGCUAGAGAUCGUAGUUUACGACGACAGCGAGUGUUCAGGGACAGAACAAAUCCCUUAGAGUAUUACAGCGACAUCGAACUGAUACAAAGGUAUCGUUUUCCACGAGCUACUAUCGUCGAGUUUGUUAACAUGGUUCAAAACCGGUUGGAGAGACCCACGAACAGGUCGAAUCCUUUGCCUGUACCUUCCAUGGUAUUGUCAACUCUGAGAGUCCUGCCAAAAGGCGACUUUCAGUCCGAGGCAGCAGAUAUCCAUGGCAUUUCACAGCCGUCCUUCAGCAGGACCUUCAUGGAUGUCGUAGAUGCCCUUAAUCAGAGUCUGAACAACAUCGCCUUCCCCUCUGGACAAGCAUUCAUAUUAUGUACUACUACAUAG